GCUACUCCUAUACCAUUCGGUAGAUAUAUUCAGUAUGCCAUCUCUCACAUUAACCUCGUCCGGGCGGGACUGUGCUUCAAACGUCAACCUCCACGGCGUCGAAGCACAGCAUGGCAACGCACAAGCCGAUGCCGCCAGCCACAACGCAUCCGCCGACACAUGGAUCACGCUCACCCAUGACGAAGUUGUGCCCUGUUCUAGUUUUUCCACUUCUCCUAACGCCGAAAACGUGCACGGGGCGAUCCCUCCAACCAGCGCCUAUCAGCAGAGGGCGCCUCACAUCCCAUAUGUCGAGGCCUUCACGCAGACUAAUACUCGGGUCGAGUCCUAGCAGAACGCACCUCAUAAUCCAUACGUCGACGCCUCUUUGCAGACUGAGGAUUUCCCAGAAACGCACAGGGCCGGCCAUACUGGGACGCGCACCCAGAUCGAUGCGGCCACCCUGACCACCGUGACGACGGAAGCUGGCCAACGCCACAUCGAUAGCACUCAAGCCGAGACAAGUCGGACGGAAUUCGGUGUCCCGCCGGAAACAGCCGGGAAAGUUGAGGAGGCAUCGAGACAAGGCGAAACCUCCCCACUCGAAACCUCGGCAUCGGCCCCGGCGAAUGCAACCCUGCCGGGCGAGCCAAUCCC